AACAAAAAGAUAGAGAAGCAGCUCCAGAAAGACAAACAGAUAUACAGAGCAACACACAGACUACUACUUUUAGGAGCUGGAGAGUCAGGAAAGAGCACCAUAGUGAAACAGAUGAGGAUCCUACAUGUCAACGGCUUCAAUGCAGAAGAGAAGAAGCAGAAAAUUCAGGACAUCAAGAAUAAUAUUAAAGAGGCUAUUGAAACCAUAAUAACAGCUAUGAGCACCCUGACACCGCCAGUGCAGUUGGCGUGCCCAGAGAACCGGUACCGGAUCGAAUACAUCCUCAACCUUGUCAACCAGAAGGACUUUGAGUUCCCAUCUGAGUUUUACGAGCAUGCGAAGACACUGUGGCAGGAUGAGGGGGUCAGGGCGUGCUACGAGAGAUCCAACGAGUACCAGCUAAUCGACUGUGCACAAUACUUUCUAGACAAGAUCGACAUUGUUAAGCAGAGUGACUACACUCCAACAGAUCAGGAUUUGCUGCGGUGCAGAGUACUGACUUCAGGAAUCUUCGAGACAAGAUUCCAAGUGGACAAAGUUAAUUUCCAUAUGUUCGAUGUCGGUGGUCAAAGAGACGAACGCCGGAAAUGGAUUCAGUGCUUUAACGAUGUAACGGCCAUCAUCUUCGUGGUGGCCAGUAGCAGUUACAACAUGGUGAUCAGAGAGGACAAUCAGACCAACCGUUUACAGGAGGCCCUCAACCUCUUCAAGAACAUCUGGAACAACAGGUGGCUGCGGACCAUUUCUGUCAUCUUGUUCCUAAAUAAACAGGACCUGCUAGCAGAAAAGGUGCUGGCUGGGAAGUCCAAAAUCGAGGAAUACUUUCCUGAAUUUGCUCGCUACACCACACCUGACGAUGCGACACCAGAGCCUGGAGAAGAUCCUCGUGUUACAAGGGCAAAGUACUUCAUAAGAGAUGAAUUCCUGAGGAUCAGCACAGCAAGCGGGGACGGGAGACACUACUGUUACCCCCACUUCACCUGUGCUGUCGACACGGAAAACAUCCGCCGUGUCUUCAACGACUGUCGAGACAUCAUCCAGCGGAUGCACCUGCGGCAGUACGAGCUGUUGUGAUGGGAGAGGAAAGGUGUUCGGCCAAAAACACAAAAAUACAUCGGACUAUGAAAAAACCCUGAACCCUGAGUCUCUGAACUCCCCUCUUCCACAGAAGUGUGUGAGCUCUUGUGAAAGAAUGGGGGCCAAAACACACACUUAUACACUUAUACACUUACACACACACUUACACUUACACACACACACACACAUACACUUACACACAGUAAACACACCCUGAACCCAGAACUUCCCCUGAUGCAAACUCCCUACCUGCAGUAGACAGAGCUGUUUUGAUGGAAGGGCUUGAGGGGCUAACACAUUAACGGAUUCUGAUCUCCACUUUCAGCCAUACUCCCAGUUCCUCAACUCUCAACAUCAUAUAUUGUCCCCAUACACGUUACCUUCACCGUUCUCCCGAGUUGCCCAGGCUGGACUGUAUUCCCUGCAGUGUGGAGGGGGUGUUGAGGUCAGGAUGAAAACUGAGAGCGCUACUACUUCAGUGCAACUGGGAAAGAAAGAACUGCUGAAUUACUGCAAAUAGAGAAUAAAUAUGUCACAACAGAUCAGCUGAACACUGUAUUUAACAAAAAAAACACAAGCACUGUGCUCAGGACUUGACUCAAACCGUGUACACCAAUCCUUCCUAUCACUUACACACAUCCAUAAAUCCAACCACGGGAUCUGCUUGCACACUGAAACGUAUCACACCUGCUUUUUACUGGACUGCACAACCGGGGUGGAUCCAGAAACGUACUGAUCCACAGAUGAGUGGCAGUCUCGUUGAGCUGUCAGCACAGAGCUUUGAGAUUUAACAGACUAAGUGACUGGCUGCGCAGCCAAGCCCCAAGGAGCAGCGUUACCACAGACUUAACGGACCAGGGGGGCGGGUUGUGACCAGUCAGUCCACCGGGGGUGGGCGGGGGAUUCACAAAAAGCAGGACCGAGCCGACUCCGAUGUGAAUUUCUCUGAUGGAGUCUAGACACAUUUGACAGGGACGACGACAACAGUCCUUCAGCUUCUCCACAGAACUGUUUUGCCACAUGACUUUGCCUUGUUGGUAGUGGAGCAAAAUGUGAGGAGGAUAUAUUGAGUUUAAAACAAAAAAGAAACAAAAAAAAGCCAACUUUUAUGGAACUUAACUAUCGGAGGGCAGAAAGCAUCCUUCUACAGUACAGUACCAUAUAAGUUAAAGAGAACUCUCAUCUUGUCAUGAUUGACCCUGUUUUACUGUCUCCACAGCUGUUUUUGUCUGUGUAGACUUUUGUGCCAUUGUGCCCUGUGCGCUCUCUUUCUUUAUCUUUAAUCUUUCUGUCUCUGUCAUUCUCUCCUUUUUUCACCCUCUUCUUUCUCCUCUAACCAUUUCACUCACUCUCCACCUUCACAUUUUCUCCUCUCCUUGCUCAUUUGCUCCUUCACUCCCCACCAUCUCCUUCCCAUCUGCACUCCUACCUUCCUGGCAGUGCUCUUUUGUUUUAAGAGAAAAUAAAAUAUAAUAAUCCUGGAAUAUAAAAGAAAGAAGAUUACAACAACAAAUGGGACACUAAUUAUUAUUAUUUUUUACUCAUGUGGUCAAACUGCCUGCUCGCACCUCCCUGCCAUUCCUCCAUCUUUCCUCUUCUCCCCUCCUUCCUCCCCCGACCUCUUGCUCCUUUGUAUGUCUGUCUUUACUUUACUGCUGAACUAUUAUUCUUGUACAGACUGUAAAAUGUAUUAUUUUGUACAACUUUAUUGAAAAAAAUAACUUUUAGAAGAUCCCUGUGCCUUGAUCACGACUGUACGUGUGUAAUGAGCUAAAGUGGGUGUCAUACUGCGCUGUAUAGCUUGGCCAAUCCUCUCCUAACUCCCCGCUUCCCUCGCCACUUCCUCCUCCUCUCUCUCUCUUUCUUUAUCCCUCUCUCUCCUCUGUCCUCUCACUCUCUCCUCGGGGACGGAGGACAACCAUUCGUAGCUUUUGUAGUUUUAUUUCUCUCCCCUAUCCUCCCAUUCUCUCUUUAUGAUUUAAAUGUCUAUUUUUGGAUCCAUAUACCCCAAAAAGAUAAAUAUAUGAAAUGUAUAUGGGUUUUAAAAAAAGUAUUUUAUUAGAAUCAAAUGAACCUUGACAAAUUGUACACUUGAUAGUGUGCGUAUUGCUAUAACUUAAAUCCUUUCAACUGAAGUUGUGUUCAGGUUUCUUUUGUUUUCUUCCGUUGACAUCUGCAGAGGACAUUUUGAAGGGGUAAAGAGGAGACGACAGAUGCAAAACAUUGCUUGUUUCUACACAAAUCUUAUUGUUUUGCUAAAAAAGGCCAAAAAAAUUACAAAAAAAGAAAUUAAUUUCAGUUUAUUUUCUGAUGAUGGGAGAGGGGAGGGGGGGUCCUCCUUCCCAGCCUUGCACAGCAGAGGCGGCCUGUACAGUAUUAGCAUCUCUCUCAUUUCAGUGCCCUAGUCUUCAUUUAAUGUGUACAUCAAAUUAUGGGUCUCUACUUUCUGAACAGAAGCUCUAAGAAAUAAAGUUUUUUUUUGGUGCAGACA